GACAGGAGCACUGGGAGUACUGGGACUGGACGGACACAGUGGACUGGACGGACCGGACCCAUGGAUGGACAGAACGGCAGCAGCAGCAUCUGCUCCCGGCCGCACGGCACCGGGACGGACGGCAAGAAGAAGAAGAAGGAGAAGGAGAAGGAAAUCCCCGACAGAGUGACUCUGAAGAAGGAGAUCGGGCUGCUGAGCGCCUGCACCAUCAUCAUAGGGAACAUCAUCGGCUCUGGGAUCUUCAUCUCUCCAAAAGGGGUCCUGGAGCACUCGGGGUCAGUGGGGGUGGCGUUGGUGGUUUGGGUCCUGGGAGGCUGCAUCGCGGCCUUGGGCUCCCUCUGCUACGCUGAGCUGGGCGUCACCAUCCCCAAAUCUGGAGGAGACUACUCCUACGUCACAGAGAUAUUCGGUGGUCUGAUGGGGUUUCUGCUGCUGUGGAGCGCCGUCCUCAUCAUGUACCCGACCACCCUGGCUGUCAUCGCCCUCACUUUCUCCAGCUACGUCCUGCAGCCCGUCUUCCCAAACUGUGUUCCUCCAUACAUGGCGAUGCGGAUGCUGUCCGCCACCUGUCUCUUGCUGCUGACCUGGGUGAACUGCUCCAGCGUUCGUAUGGCCACCAGGAUCCAGGACAUCUUCACGGUGGGGAAGCUGAUGGCUCUGGGCCUCAUCAUUGUGGUUGGCCUGGUGCAGAUCUGCAAUGGUAACAUCCUCGGUCUAAGGCCUAAAGCUUUACUGCUCCCUGAAGUUAAAAAACAAACCUUUAAAUGUCUGAUUUGUCUUCCAGGGAACUACGAGGCGCUGACUCCUCAGGUGGCCUUCUCCGUGGACAGCAUGCCGUCGGUCGGGCAGAUCGCGCUGGCCUUCCUGCAGGCCUCCUUCGCCUUCAGCGGCUGGAACUUCCUCAACUACGUCACGGAGGAAGUGGUUGAACCCAGACGGAAUCUACCUCGUGCCAUCUACAUCUCCAUCCCAUUGGUGACCUUUGUGUACACGCUCACCAACAUCGCCUACUUCUCCUCCAUGUCUCCCGAGGAGCUGCUGUCAUCCAAUGCCGUGGCAGUAACAUUUGGAGAGAAGUUGCUGGGAAUGUUCUCCGUCAUCAUGCCGAUCUCCGUGGCUCUGUCCACCUUCGGAGGAAUCAACGGCUACCUGUUCACCUCCUCCAGGUUGUGUUUCUCCGGAGCCAGAGAGGGUCACCUGCCCAGCCUGCUGGCCAUGAUCCAUUAUAAGAACUGCACACCUAUCCCUGCCCUGCUGGUCUGCUGCUCUGCCACCGUUGUUAUACUCUGCAUUGGAGAAACACACAACCUGAUCAACUACGUCUCCUUCAUCAACUAUCUGUCGUACGGCGUCACCAUCGCAGGCCUGCUGUACUACCGCUGGAAGAAACCCAACCUGUACCGACCCAUCAAGGUGAACCUGUUGGUUCCUGUGUGCUACCUGAUGUUCUGGGCGCUGCUGCUGGGUUUCAGUCUUUACUCAGAGCCGGUGGUUUGUGGCGUUGGUUUAGUCAUCAUGCUCACCGGGGUGCCCGUCUACUUCCUGGGCGUCCAUUGGAAAGAAAAGCCAAAGUGUAUCUACACCUUCAUUGAGAGGGCGACGUACGUGGGCCAGAGGUUGUGUUUCGUGGUCUUCCCUCAGUUUGACCCCAUCGAGAUCGCCGGUCCUUCAGAAUGUACUGACCGGUCAUCAGGCAGGAUCAGUUCGUCUGCCAAUUCUUAAAACUUCUUUUCAGAAUAUAUAAGAAGAUCUUUGUUUUUAUUCCAUUACUGAGUGAGUCCAGACGCUUCCUCAUGGAAUGGGAGCUUCCUGUCUGACCAUUGACCCUCCAAGACUCUGGUUUCCCUUCAGUCGAGUGGAACCGCCUGUUCUUCUGUGCGGGCUGCUUGCACUUUUUAUUUUCUUCUCUUUUCUACUAAGUCGUCAAGUACAACAACCUAAUGCCAACAGUGUGGCACAGUGAAAAAGGACUUUUAUUCCCAUUUUUAGACCCAUUUGUUUCUUUUUCUGUAACAUGACAGACCUCUGACCGACUGACAGUGCGCGGUUUUUAUUUCUUCUGAAUGUUGCUGGUGUUUUAUCGUGCCUUAUGGCCUUUUCACACCAAGUUCCAGACAAAUAUAUAGUCAUUAUUCUGAAAACAGAAUGAAAACAAACGCUAAUUAUUUCAGAAAAGAUCUGCAGUUGAGUGAAUGCCAAUCCUGCAUCCUCGUCUGCUGGAACAAGGGUUUGAAACAGCAUUUUAGGCAUGUGUAUCACUAAUGAUCAAUAACGUACAGCCACCGUCCUUAUAGAGCAGAGCUUCAGAUUCUGUUACUGUAACAUAAAUUACUUAAAUCCAGCCCUGAACAAAAACUUAAAACAGGAUAAAUCAUAAUGAUUUUGGUGAUCCACUGACUUUUCCUCUAGCGCCACCGUGAGGUUAACAUUUGACAUUCCCAUCAGCCUCAUCUUUACUUUGCAUUUAGAACUAAUCAGCAAAUGUCAGCAUGCUAACAUGCUAAAUGAAGCUGGGUACACGGUAAACAUUAUACAUGCUAAACAUCAGCAUCACUGUCAUUGUGAGCAUGUUAGCAUUCAGCUCAAAGCACCGCUGUGCCAACGUACAGCCUCGCAGAGCUGCUAGCAUCGCUUUAGACCAUUUGAUUUAAAGAUAUAAUGUUAAAGAACACCUUUUCCCACAAGCCCAACAUCUUCGAGGUUAGUAGUUUGUAGUUUUGGUUUGCAGCUAACAAAUAACUUGCUCUAGUAGAUACUCAUUUAUCGUAGAAUAUGGACAG